AUGGAGAAAGCGGAGCAGGGUGAGAACAGCUUACAAGCCAUAGCUAUCAUUCUGCUGGUUUGUGGGAUGGUCAAGAUGCUGCACCUUUUAGGAGUCAUCUCUGUGGAGGACAAAGCAGAUGAUGACCUGGAGAUGACGAUGGUGUGUCAUCGACCGGAAGGCCUAGAUCAGCUGGAGGCUCAGACCAAUUUCAGCAAAAGAGAACUCCAAGUGCUGUACAGAGGCUUCAAGAACGAGUGUCCAAGUGGAAUAGUCAAUGAGGAUACCUUCAAGCAAAUAUACUCCCAAUUUUUCCCACAUGGAGAUGCCAGCACCUAUGCACACUACCUGUUUAACGCAUUUGACACAGCACAGUCAGGCACCAUAAAGUUUGAGGACUUUGUAACGGCACUGUCCAUCCUGCUGAGGGGCUCCAUUACAGAGAAGCUCCAGUGGACAUUUAACCUAUAUGACAUCAACAGAGACGGAUACAUCAACAAAGAGGAAAUGACAGACAUUGUCAGAGCCAUUUAUGACAUGAUGGGCAAGUACACUUACCCUGCCUUGAAAACAGAUGCACACAAACAGCACGUGGAUGCCUUUUUUCAGAAAAUGGACAAAAACAGAGACGGUGUGGUCACCAUUGAUGAAUUCAUCUUUUCUUGUCAAGAGGAUGAAAACAUCAUGAGGUCUCUUCAACUGUUCGAAAACGUCAUCUAG